GGGGAGGCAGUCGUAGUUCCUGCAGCACAGGAAAAGGCAAUACCGAACGCAGGUAUUGUGUGAUAGAAGGGUAGAAGGGGCGCUGAAGCCAUGUCCAAGUUUGCCCAGGGCCUCUCGAAGUUGAAAGUGGGGGAGGUUCCUGCCUACGUCUCAGACCAUGCAGGAAAGCACUGGACACCGUCAAAGGUGAAUCAACGGACCUUUGACUUCCUGCACAAGUACAAGGAGAAGUAUAUCGACACUGGCAGCAUUAAGCCCCUCACAGACGUUAUGAUCGGCCUCUUCUUUUUCUCGUACGCUGUUGCCUGGCCACAGGAGUACAAGCACAUGAAGGCUGAAGAGAAGGCUAAGCUAGAGGGCAAGGCAGCUCACUAGUGGAGCACUGAGAGGCACAGCGCUAGUAUGUGUGAUCUGCUCCAUCCAGUGAUGAUUCACUCCUGUCAAAGAUGGCAGACAGAGACCUUAGGAUGGAUCUUUGAGCAGCAGCAGAGGAUGGGCUGUGCUUGGUGUGCUCGGAUCAUCCUUAGCAUUCUGUAAGGAAUAUUUCUGGAUCAAACAUUAUAUGCUACAGG